CUCAACGCGCGUAUGAUAGGGAAAACCAAAGAUUACAACCAUUUAUCAUCGAUUAACCCCAGUAUUUCAGCAUUUCUGCAUAUAACGUUGCCUAGAGCUGAUAACUAACAACUAACCCAACGUAAACCAACUCAAACAAACCUCAUGGCAGGAUCCGAGUCAAAAGCCGCUAAAGACCUGACUGCAAUGAUGGAGACGACUAUGCAACAACUUCAGAGCAGGUUUCAGAACUUAUCUGACCAAAUCAUCUCCAAAAUGGAUGAGAUGGGAACACGCAUAGAUGAUCUGGAGAAGAACGUCGGUGGUCUCAUGACACAAGCAGGAGCUGAGGAGCAUCAUAAAGCAAAUGGUUUGGAAGAGAGACCAAGCUGGCCAAAGCACUGAGCAGAAAUGUUGGAGAAGCUUGAGAUCAACACAAUAUUUGUGUAUUGAUCAAUGCAUGUAUUAUUCACCGGUACCUUGUUUUCUGUAUGAUUUAGGUUUGAAUAUGUGAUCUUGUACCUAAAGCAAUAAAUGGACUUGUUUAGUUUCUUGUGUUAAAUCUUUUCCAGGAUACAAUAGAAACAUAAAUGGAAACAUGUAACAAUGUUAUUAAUAUAAAGUACCUCUUGCUGACAAUAUCAACGAUCUUUGAAAGCUGUCAUAAAAUAUGCAUUGGGCCAAAAAGACUACACUGGUCCCUUUUUAAUGUGAAAUACUUGCAAAGGACUUUGUAGCAACGCAUAACUGAACGUAAGGGAAUUCUUAUUGACUUUUGCUUUCAUUUUGCAUGAUUUUGUUAUAUUUUGCACUGAGCUCUCAUAAAGCAUCCUAGUGUUUAUUACUUGGGCAAGGGUUUGUUCAGAAUUAAACAUUAUGCAACACUACACCAUGGUGCAACAUUAA